UACCUGGACUGGCUCUGAAUUGGAUUUCCUGAUAUAGCAGCCAGAAGUAUAUAUCGGCAUGGCUUCCCCAACAGUCUUGCCAUGAAUUCUGCAGUCUGUAAACUUAAUCUGACCUCAGCAAUCUCAAGUUAUGGUUUCAGAGCGAGAGCAAGUGUCCCCUUUCAUGGGACUGUCAGACUAGGACCUGAUCUUCAAACAGAAAUAUGAACAAGUGGACCAAGAGAACGAAAAGAAACCCAAAGCAUGGGGAAAUUUUCACAAUUUGCUGAUCAAUGCAUGGGCAGUCGCCUACGCAUUGUUGCGAGACUGGACUCCGGCGGGAGGAAGCUGCUCAGUGGAUGUUGGGAAAUGUAGUUUUGAUGUUCACUGAUUACCUCUGAGACGUCAACAAAAGACUACGAUUUCCGGCCUGCUCUACGAGCCGAUUGCGUGGGAAGAUCGUGUGCGACUGUUGGAUCGCGGCUGAGAUUGGAGCGAGAGGUGAAGUGGGGAUAAAGAAAACAUUGUAAAAAUCAUUGGAUCAAAAGGAUGGAUGGCAUUCCAACCGGAACUCCAUCAACAAACACAUUGAUUUGGAGCCCAUCUACCACCCUCUGAGAAAAGGAACAGGAAAUGACAUCACCAACCCAAGGAAACCUAAACAGAUAAGUAGAAAGCGGGCCAUAACACCAGCACUUCGUCGGAGGCUCACUGAUGAUGUUGCCUAGAAUGGUGAUGAAACGUCUGAAAUCGAACCUUCCAGCUCAGCGAGCAAACUUACAUCCAGUAAACUAGAUUCUGGGAAGUGCAGAUAUUGAUCUAUGCUGCUGAAAAUUUCUCAUACUGAGAGCAAAGGAACAGGAAUAGGCCGUUCAGCCCCUCGACCAUGAUCUGUCAUUCAGUCGAUACUCAUCCUGGACUUGCCUGUUUCUGAAAUUGUGACUACCCAAUCUAAAAUUUCAUGGAGUAUUGUUAUGAAACAGUAAUGGAAACAGUCAAACCAUUAAAAGAUAUUGAGAAAACAAUGAUAAGACCUUUAAAACCUCUUGUGUUGUGAACUGGGACCUAAGUGAGAAGAGAAGCUGAAGAACUCUCCCAGCACCCUCCUGUGGCUGCUGGGAGAGGGACUGAGAUAAAGCUGCAAUGAAGGGUUCAGCUAAUUUGGCUGAGAAUUUAGAAGAAUACCAUUCACUGCUGGAGACAUUUUAGACUUUGGAACUCAGUCAAACAGACUAAAAUUCUUCUUCUACUGCAACUCAUUUAGAUCUUUGAAAGUAUGAGCAGUUCUUUGAAAAUCUUAGCAUAUUAAGGAAUACUUCACGAUUCUGACACAAAAUAACAAGUGUAAGAACCCAACAUGUGCAACUUUGAACAUCAUUGAACAAGUCUUUGGACCAGAUUUUGUGGAUUGAAGCCUGGCAUAAAAAGCAUAGUGUUUCCUACUUAUCAACAAUAGAGAGUUUCUUUUGUGCAGCAUACAUCCAAUUAAAUGACUGCACUUUGUAAUAAAUUAACUGGCAGCUUCCUGUGCUUUAGAUGAACUGGCUAGUGCUUAUCAUCGCUACACAUACAGCAGGAACUCCAGCACCUUCCUUAACGAUACAACUGUUGAACAGAACUGUUGAACAACGUCGCUGAACACAGUCGGCAAAAUUAUAUGUAAGGAUAAGUCUGCUUUCUCGUAUGAGACUCAGGACUGUUUGGCUGUGAUGAAGUUGUGCAAAUUAGUUUGGGCACCAUUCCAGAUGUUGGUUAUUGCAGAGUUUUGGUUUUGCACAGCACCGUUCGACUACCACCCUGAACGCAAAGCAAUUUGUUGACUUCAGAAAUUUGAAGACUUAAGAUACUCGUUUUUCAGCCUUCUCGAGAGCAUAUGGUUUUAAAAGUUACCCAGAAUCCCUGAGAAGGAGCGACACCUGUUGCCAUAGGAACCUGUGAAAAACAAUGGAUGGGGACCAGCACUGUCGAACUGAGGCGAAGGAGAAGGUGUUGAACAUUCCUGGCUUUGGAAAUUGUGCUCCUGGGAUUCUGCAAGAACAACAUAGUUCCAGAAAUGGUCUGUUGGGUAUGUGUUUGCGUCCACAUGUGUCUGAUGAUGCUCGCAAUGGAAAUGAAGUGCUUAAAUCUAUAUCUAUUUCAGCACUGAAGAGAAAUGGCCUUUUACAAUCUCUUACGGCUGAAGUGGAUGAAAAAAAACAUGAAGUGGAUGUGACUUUGGAUGUAUUGCAGGCAGAAGCGGAGUGGGAGGCUUUGGAAACAAUUCACAAAGGUCCAAAUGACUUAACUGGAAGCACCCCACUCAUCUCUUUUAAUGAAGCACUUCAGCAUUUUCAAACAGCUGAUCUCUGUGAGUACAGGAAGAACAUCCAGCCUACUGUGCGGAGGACAGGAUUAUCUGCCAUCACGCAUUUCCUCUUUGGCCCGCCACGGUUGCACAAGGAGUUGCAGGAGGAGCGAGACUUGGUCUUUGCGAUUGGCCAAUGCUCGUUGGACAAUGAUCAGAAAGUUCAUAUUCGAGUUUUGCAGACAAUUUAUAAGAAACUAACUGGGUCUAAGUUUGACUGUGCACGUUAUGGAUCACAUUGGGAACAAUUAGGGUUUCAAGGUGCAGAUCCAGGGACUGAUCUACGUGGGACAGGAUUCCUUGGUCUCAUGCACACCUUGUACAUGGUGAUGGAUUUGCAGACUUUACCUUUGGCUCGUGAUAUUUACAAAUUGUCACAGCAUCCGACACAAAAUUUCCCUUUCUGUCUCAUGUCCAUUAACAUCACCAGAAUCACUAUCCAAGCUUUGAGGGAAGAAUGUUUAUCCAAAGAAUGUAACCGAAGGCAGCAGGUGAUUGGAGUCCUUAAUGAUUUCUAUGUGGCUGCAUUCCUGCAUCUUUAUCAGAUAUGGAAAACACAGCACAAAACCAUCUCUGAUUCAGGAUUUGUUCUUAAAGGAGUUGAAAUGUUUGCCAAAAAAAACCCAAAACAACUCCUGAAAAGGCUGGAAACUUAUUUGAUGGGACGUCAGAAUGGAACUGUCUUGCCAGCUGACAAGAUGUCCUCAACUUCAGACCACAGUCUGAUUGGGAUGAGAUCAAAAUCAACAUCUGUCAUAAACACCAAAGAGAUUAAUUUUAUGGGUGUGUGUGAGCUGGAGCCAGAACCUGAGGGCGAGGUGCAGCUAAUCUGAAUCUGUUGUGAGUGAUGAAAAGUGAGAAAGAUAAUGUCGCCUUGUAGCAGGGAUGUGACACUUGAUUGUUUCACCAUUAUGGCAUGCAGUACAUAAAUACUAGACGUUAUAUGUUGCCAUAAACCCCACACAACAAAAAUAGAACAACUGCUUUCCUGCCUAACAGAGGCUUGCAAAUGUGUAAAUGUUGUAGGUGUGUCAUCCUAGCUCAAAAGAUAUUCAGUACAAUUCUAACUUGAGUGCUGUUGCCAAAUAAUGCUAGUACACGGAUGCUUUUCUGCUUCCUUUUGAAAACAAUAGUGCCAGACUCUGAGCAGGAAUGCAGCCCCGACUCAGGAGAGAAGAAUGUCUUUGUUUCCGUCAAUAGAGGUGCAGACUGUGCUAAACAUUGUUUGUGCUGUACAUUUUAAGUAAUGCAAAUUAGCUUCAUUUCUGGGUUUGUGAUAUGAGUAUCAAUAGAGAGAGUUUUAAGACUUUCUUUCCACUCUGACAUAAUUAAGGAGAGGCAGUUAAAUGGCUUGGGCUGAAUGAAGAAAUUUUACUUUUGGGAUGGUUCCCUCCUCACCUGAUUCUAACUGAACCAUGCAAAUUGGUUGUAUGUUAUAUGAGAGCAGAAAAUUAUCAACAGGCAUGUGAUUGUCGUUAGCACUACUUGAUUUGACAGUACCUAUUCCAUUCUCUGUCAACCAUUCCACAGAACCUGUUCUGAGCAUAAGCUGUAGGCCACUUGAGUGAGCACAAAAACGUGUUCAAACUUAUUAAAAUACUCGAGUUUAUUGUAAAGAAAAUAUCCAACCAUUAGUUGCUGAUGACAGACUUAUUACAUUUAAAUAAACAUCUUUUGCGUAGCCUAAUCAUUGAGCAUUUUGCAUCAUGUUCCUUUUUAAAAGAUGCUCCAAAGUAUCCAUCUGAUCAAAGGCACUUUCAUCGUGCUUUGUGUUCAUUUUUAACUAUUGGUCUUAUCAGUAUGUAGUUUCCCCUCCUUCAGCAAUCAUUACUGAUUGCAAAAUAAAUUACAUUAGCGCUCCUCACCUUCAAUCAAAUAAGUGUUGAGCCCGCCAUUCUGUCUCAUUAUUCAUCAGUUCUUUGUGCGUUAAAAAUUGAAGCUGUCAAAAACUUUUCUGUUGGGUUCAUUUUUAUUCUUUGUGUUAAAUUUUAAUUCUAAAUUGGACUGUUUCACUGUCAAGGUCUCCAAACAAGCCAUGAAGUGAGUUCAUUUUCACUCAUCUGAUUCUGGAAGAAAUGAAAUUUUAGUGAUCCCUGGCCUUUCCCUUUUCUGUAUAUGACCAGCCUCAGUGAUUACUUAAUGGGAUUAACGAUUAGUUUGUAUCCACAUUGUCAGUCACUUGUGUGCACCAUUUUGUUCAAUCUGUGGGUAGUUUGGAGCUGUUAAGGAUCUGCCAUUUUUUUUUCAUUUUAAGAAGAAAAGAAUUUUGAACUCACUUUACAAGAGGAGGCCAUUCUGGAGGCCCUCAACAAGAGUAACUCACCUCCUGCACUUUUUUUGGCUCACUCAUGUGACAUGGUGUCACUGGCUGGCCAGCAUUUAUUGCUUAUUCCUAGUUGCUCUUGAGUAGUUGGUUGUGAAUCGUGUUGUCCACUUGAUGUAGGCUGACACACAGUGCCCUUCUGGAAAGAAUUCCAGAAUUUUGACCCAGCAAGAAUGAAGGAAUGUCAAAAUAUUUCCAAGUCAGGAUGGUGAGUGACUUGGAGGGGAACUUGCAGGAAGUGGAGUCCCUGUGUAUCUGUGGUCAUAAGUUUGAAAGAUCCUGAAUCUUCAGUGAAUAUCUGCAGUGCCUCUUGUAGAUUGUAUACACUGCCACUACUGAGUGAAUUUUUGUGGAUUUGGUGCCAGUUAAGAAGGCUGUUUUGUCCUGGAUGGUGUCAAGCUUUUUGAUUGUUGUUUGAACUGCACCCAUCCAGGCAGGUGGUGAGUAUCCCAUUACUCUCCUGACUUGUGUCUGGUAGGUGGUGGACGGCUUUGGGGAGUCAGGAGGUGAGUUAUCUGUCUGUCUUUUCCCUGAAGCCCUGGAGAUGUUUUCUCUUCAUGUACUUAGCCAAUUCUAUUCCAAAGAAUCAUUGCCACAACCUUCCGACUGUUUAACAUCUUUCCUGAAGUGUGUUGCCCAAAAUUGUGUACAGUAUUCCAGCUGAGACCAAACCAGUUUUGAUCUUUUUGGCAUUGCAUAAUUUUAUUGCUUUUAUUCUCUAUUCCACUACAUAUAAAGCUCAGGAUUCUACAUAGUUUAUUAAUCAGCUUAUCUUGAAACAUCCAGACUCUUGUGCAGUACAUUUACAACCACUGGCCCGCUUCCUUUCUCCCCAACCCUCAGCUUUACAACAACCAGAAAACUGCCCUGAAGAACUCUUUUUCAAGUCAAGUAUUUUAACAGGUGAUAUUGACAGUCAGCAAUCUCUGGCUGUGUUAAUCUCCAGCAAGAUGCCUUUGCAAAUACAGAUGUUCACAAGAUAUGUUUUUUUUUGCCAAACCGCUCUUCAGUUCUGAAUUUACUUGAGUGGAAUGUGUCCGUACAAGGUGAGUGAGCAUUCAAUGCAAGCUGAAAAAUAUCUAUGUGGAAGGUUGGCAGACUUAACCAUGUGAUCAAAAAUAACAUUCACUUGAAGAAUUUAUCAAGUGUAUAGUUGCUGGGUAACUUCAGGGACAUUGAGCUGCACUGUGUCUGGGGAAAAAAUAUGGAGCAUUACAAUAUUGGGUUCAAGGGCUGCUGUGCACGCAAUUGUCACCAGCAGAGUGAAGCAAGGAAUUCAUAGCAGCUCCAAAGAGUCAAAUGUGGUGAAAAAUUGUUCAUAGAAGGUUGAGAGAUUUGGUUGUACAUGCAAUCUUUACUUAUUGUAUCUGUUGAUGGACAGGUCCAGAUCUGAGGUAAGAUGAAGACACUUCACAAUGUUUUGGAAUUGAGGGCUUGGUCAAUUUAGUGAUUGAAACAGAUUUUGUAUAUGAACAAAAUUGCAUGUGGAUCCAAAGGCCCUUUCUGAAUCUGAAUGUGAUAAUUGUGCAGAAACAAAGUGGGUCCUGGGAAUCUAUGAAAAUCUCUUCAAUCCUUUUCGUUAAUCUCUGGGCUAUUGAAGUGAUUAUAGGUAAUGUGAUAUUGUUUCAAAACUCUCACUUUUUGUUGACAAGUCUCAAUUAUCAUAUAGUUUUCCUUUGCACAAAGUCACGGGUUAAUUCAUGUUUUAUCAUAAUCAGGAGUUCACUAACCAGCACUGUGAUUGGUUGUAUUGGAGAUGUAAUGUUAACACUGUACUUAGAUGUUAUGGUAAUAUAGCACUAAACAUUUUUAUUUUUGCAUCCAUUAAAUUUUAUGUUUUUAAAAUAAAAAAAAAUUCU